AUGGCUGGAUCGGCGAGCAAUCGACAAUCGACUCGCAUCGCCAUUCGCACGAUACCAAUCUUCAUACUGUGCGCUUUUGUAGUCGCAACAUACAUAUAUGUCGGGCACAUAUGCGUGCAAUACUAUAUCGUGAAGAAAGGCCGCACCGGCUUUGGUGCCGGGAUGAUUGUCCUGUACUUUGUCAUCUUCUUCAUCAUGAUCACGGCCUACCUGCGGACAUUUGUGGCCGUCAUCCGCAACCCGGGCCUGGUGCCGCUCGUCAACGGCCAAGCAGACGACGCAAACGAAAAGCAGCCGCCGCCGCCGCCGAGACGACGACGCAGACGUCGCGAUGAGGAGCCGGAUGUCGAGGCUCAGCCUUGGACACCGGUAGACAUGAGUCCAGACAGCCCUGGGCUCGAAAGCUUUUACAGCAAAGACGUGUUUGUCUGUGAGGCAGACGGCCGUCCCAAGUGGUGCUCUGGCUGUCGUCAGUGGAAGCCCGACCGUGCGCACCAUUCGAGCGAGAUUGGGCGCUGCGUGCGAAAGAUGGAUCACUUGUGUCCCUGGGUGGGAGGAAUGGUGUCGGAAACAUCAUUCAACUUUUUCGCGCAGUUCACCUUUUACUGCGCAAUGUACUGCUCCCUCGUGCUCGGCAUAAGCAGCUACACAGUCAGCCAGCAGUCUGGCGAGCGCCGCGAUGCCGACGGCUGGGUCGUCGCGGGCGUCGUGCUGUCGGCCUUUUUCCUGCUCUUCAGCGGCGGCAUGGCACUGACCUCGCUGCGCUACAUCCUCACCAACAUGACAAACAUUGACAUGUUUUCCCGCACCCGCCUCUCGUACCUCGCCGUGCACAUCCCGCUCGAGUCGCCCCCUUCGAGCUACUACCCAACCAUAGUCUACCCGCUGGAGCAGCCCAGCCUCUUGCCGCCGCCACCAGCACCGGCUGCUGCGGGCGCCGAGGAGCUGACUGCUGCUGCUGCUGCUGCUGAUGCUGCCGCCACCCCUGCCGUCGUCUCCGGCGGCGCCACGCCCGGGUCCGUGCCUGAAAGCCCCCCUCGAGACGUGCGGGCGCAGCGCAAAUUUGCCAUUCUGCGGGUAGAGUCGCGCGAGAACCCCUGGGAUCUGGGCUUUCGCCGCAAUUGGACCUCGGUCAUGGGCCACACGCCCCUUGAGUGGCUGCUCCCCAUCAAGCACUCGCCCUGCUGCGACCACGACAGCAUGGAGAGCGACUAUCCUACCGGGAAGCUCCUCGACGAGCUCAAGGGCCGGUAUAGUUUUCCUGGGUACGAGAGUGCAGCGAUUGAUCCUGCGCGGCCAAAGGAGCAUGUCGCUGUGUAA